AAUGAUUGUAAAAUUGACCAAAUUAUUGAGAAAAACUAUUAAAAACAAUCAAAUUAUUAUAAAGUAGUACCACUUUCACACGUAUUUUUUACAAUUUAACUAAAAUUUAUUACUUUUAUCUAGUGUGUUAAAACCACAAUAUUGAAUUACAAUUUUAUCUAUUUUAGCUACUUCAACAUUAAUUUAAAAUAUUAUAACACAUAAUAUUUAAAAUAUAUGCUCUACAAAAAUUAAUUUUUCAAGUAUAAUGAACGACAAAUUGGAAAUAGCAGUUGUAUGUUCCAGCAACAUGAAUAGGAGUAUGGAGGCUCAUGCAUUCUUAAGUAAAAAAGGUUUCAAUGUUAGAUCGUUUGGAACAGGUGACAAAGUGAAAUUACCAGGAACAGCACUUGAUAAACCAAAUAUUUAUGAUUUUGGAUGUUCAUAUGAUGAAAUUUAUAGAGAUCUCUAUAACAAGGAUAAAUCAUAUUAUACCCAAAAUGGAUUACUCAAUAUGUUAGAUAGAAAUCGACGUAUUAAACAACAUCCUGAAAGAUUUCAAGAAUGCGAUGAAAAAUUUAAUGUAGUCAUUACUUGUGAAGAGAGAGUCUAUGAUCAAGUACUUGAAUAUUUUGAGUCAAUUUUAAGUUUUGGAAACAAACCUGUUCAUAUAAUAAAUAUUGAUAUUCAAGAUAACCACGAAGAAGCAACUAUAGGAGCAUUUUUUAUAUGUGAACUUGUUACAUUGUUAUCUCGAAGUGAUGAUUUAGAUAAUGAUAUAGACCAACUAAUAGUAAAGUAUGAAGAAAAAUGUCAAAGAUCACUAUUUCAUUGUGUUCUCUUUUAUUGAUAUACUAUUUCAAAAAACUGUGCUUGAUAGUACAGUGCUGUAAAAAAUUCUAUGUAUAAAACAUUAAUUUACUGUAUAAUUACUUAUAUUAUAAUAAAAUUGCCUGAUUAACAAAUA